UCGUAAAGCAGAAGAUCGGGCUUGUCAGAAUACAGGUGGGGAAACACGCGUUGCGCGACGCAUAGCGUGGUUUCUGGUGUGUGCUCCGGUUAAUUCACCAUGAGGGCUGGCAGCGGAAAUGUAGUUUGUUAUAAAAUUGCAGCGAUACAAUAGGGUUUUUUUUAUUUGAAGUUUGCUGGUGAAUUUAUGAGUUGAAAAGAUGGGGAGAAGCAAGACUAAAAACCAAAAGAAAGCACGCGACACUGCAAGUCAUGUGGCCGAGGAGUCGUACGGAAGCAUGCCGCACUCCUUCGUCUUUCACCGUGGCCAGAUCGGGAAGAGCGUGAAUCAGCUGAUGAUGGACAUGCGGCGUGUCAUGGAGCCGUACACAGCACAGUCCUUAAAGGUUCGAAAGAAAAAUGUCUUGAAAGACUUUGUGACUGCAGCAGGUCCGCUGGGAGUCACACACUUCCUUGUCUUCACCAAAACAGAGAACUGUGUUAACUUGAGACUGGCACGACUUCCGAAAGGCCCUACUGUCCAUUUCCAGGUUAUGAAGUACACACUCAUUAAGGAUGUAGUUUCAUCUUUAAAGAGGCACAGGAUGCACGGACAGCAGUUUAAUCACCAUCCACUGCUGGUGCUGAAUAAUUUUGGGAUGGAGGGCAUGCACAUCAAACUGAUGGCGACCAUGUUUCAGAACAUGUUCCCUUCCAUCAACGUGUACAAGGUCAACCUGAACAACGUAAAGAGGUGUGUGUUGGUGAAUUACGAUCCUGAAUCUCAAGAAAUAGAGUUUCGGCAUUACAGUCUGAAGGUGGUCCCUGUGGGUAUGAGCAAGGGCGUGAAGAAGCUCUUGCAGGAGAAAUUCCCAAACAUGAGCAAACUGGAGGACAUCAGUGAGCUGCUCCUGAAGGGUGCAAACCUUUCAGAGAGCGAAGCCGAGCAGGACGGCGAGCACAACAUCACCGAGCUGCCUCAGCCGUACGCAGGCCGCGGGAACAUGAGGGCAGAGCAGAGCGCCAUCCGUCUUACUGAGAUUGGCCCCAGAAUGACUCUGCAGCUGGUGAAGAUUGUAGAAGGCAUGGGAGAAGGGAACGUGCUUUAUCAUUCUAUUAUGACGAAGAGCGAGGAGGAGAUUCAGGAGAUCCUGAAGAGGAAGGAAGCCCGCCUGAAAGAAAAAGCAGAACGCAGGAAGGAGCAGGAGCUAAACAUAACCCUGAAAAAGGAGAAGCGAGACGAGAACAAGAAAAAGAGUCUGGAAGGCAUGAAGAGGAAAUGGCGGCAGGAAGGGGCUGCUUCUGAUGACAGUGAAGUGGAGGAUCCUGGAGUGCAGGAGGACCAGCGUGAGGCUGAGGAGUCUGAAGACGAGGCAGAGUAUUACAGACAGGCUGUCGGGGAGGAACCCGAUGAAGAUAUGUUCCCCACUGCAAAGAGGAAACGUGGUCCAGGCAAGUCAUCCAUGCCCUUUAAGAAGAGGAAACUAUCGAUGUCGAAAGCUUCUGGUGCAGAAAAGUCAAGAUCCAAACCUGCUGCCUGUGCUUCUUUUGGUGCGAGGAAGUUUGGUGGGAAGAGCAUGGGUAAAAUGGCAGCAGGAAACAAAGGAUUUAGAGCUGGAAAAAUGGAAGGGGUCAGUAGCCGGUUUGGGAAGAGUAAAGAAGGAAAGAGGUUUGGAAAAAAUAAAGGGGAAAGGUUUGGGGGAAAGAAAAGCGGGGCGCAAAGUUCAAAGGGGAAAGGACAGAGACCAUUUAAAGCAGGCUCGAGAGGAGGACAAGCAAAGAAGGACUUCAAGAAGAAGAAAGGGAAAAGCGUCAACAUGGUAACAAAUACAUCAUCCAAAAAGAGGAAACCUUCUCUGGUGAAGAAUGGGGUGGGGUGGGGAACAAACCUUCUGAAGUUUUUACCUUUUUCCGGAAGAGGAGACGAGGCAGAGAGAGUGGAUUGUGUGCGUGAAACAAAAUCAAGCAGUCAAAGAAGAAACGGACCAGCAACGCUCAAGCAAAAAGGAGAAGAUUGGAGGAGACACCAUAAAAUGGAAGCGAACAUGAACAGCAGUGGCAGGGACAGCUGUAAUGGUACAUUUUCAAAGGACCUGUUACCUCCCAUCUACGCUGCGGAGAUGUGUGUGGCGCUGGUGGGGAACAUACUGGCACUGUGGCUGCUUGUGACUAAGGAGAGGAAGAACUGGCACACGGGAGUGGUGUUCUCCUGCAACCUGAUCAUCAGCGACAUCUUUUAUGCCCUCACUCUCCCCCUUCUGAUUGUCUACUAUUCAAAAGGACGGAUAUGGGGAUUUGGUCAAGGUCUCUGCAAAUUAGAGCGCUUCCUCUUCACCUGCAACCUCUAUGUUAGCAUUUACUUCAUCAUGUGCAUCAGUGUUAAUAGAUAUCUGGCCAUCGUUCAUCCCUUCUUCACUCGCAAUCACGUUCGCCCAAAGCAUGCCAAGAUCGCCAGUUUGUUCGUCUGGAUCUUUGUGGCAAGCAUUUUAUCUCCAAUCCUCUAUUAUUCAGGUGUCAAUAAGGAAAGAUGUUCCUUAUUUGCAAACUCAGAAGGUAAAUUAUACAAGUAUGUCUACAGGGUGUUUGUUGCUGUUCUAGGCUGCUUGGUCCCAUUUGUAGUUACUUUUGCAUCCUAUUUUGGUGUAAUAUGGGUGGUUUUUAAAAAUGAAAAUAUCACCUCAUUGGAGAAGAAAAAAGUGGCUCUGAUUGUGAGUUUAGUCUGCAUCCUGUACACUGUGUCUUUUGUCCCCUAUCACAUUCUGCAAAUAUGGCACUUUAAACUGAAGGACGCAGGUCGUCGUAAUUGUUAUGUGCGUAAUGGACACACUGUAUCAAAGGCAUUAGCCUGUGUGAACAUGUGCCUCCAUCCCAUCCUGUAUAUGGCUGUGUGUGACAGUAUCAGGACAAUGCGCUGUAGAAGGAGCUCAAAUGGACCAAAUUCACAAAUCCAACUGGAGACCGUUCAUCAACUGACCGUGAACUGAAAUCCAGAGAUUGAGAUUGCAAAUUGUUUUGUUUUCCUGCAAGAAUUUGUGUUGAUUUUGGAUGUAUGUUUCCUCGAUGUCAAAAUCUUUUUAAGAUCAUCCAAUCAGAGUGCUAGCAGCGAAUCACAUGACCACCUGACGGUUUCUGAAAUUUUCAACAAAGAUGGUGGCAUCUCCAGCAGUGGAGCGAAGAAAAAGAGAGACGACAUAUCUUUUUAUGCCAAUAAGCUGUUCUGUGUCAACCGAAAGUGGUGAAUUUACCUCAACAAAUGCUUAGAAAACCAACAGACAUCUAUUUCUAUGUGCUCAGGUUGUAAUUAAGAUCGAUUUUUUUUUCAGCUAAGUGUAAACUGCCGUUAGCUAACCACCGCUCCAUACAGAUCGAAUGGGAUUUCGCUAACUAGCGGUGUUUUUUGCUUACAUAGUUAGCUGAAAGUUAUUGCUAGCUAUGUAAGGAUAACAUUAGCUCUCUUGCGUUAAGUUAAAAGUGAUAGGCAGCUCAUUUUUUUUGGGGGGGGGGUUUAAGUUGUAAUAGAGAUUAUCUAACUUAUCGUCUGAUGUAAUUCACAUCAUGACUACUUGUGGAACCCGAGGGCGAAACAGUACAAUCUUCAGGAUCUAAAAAAGAAAUAAAGCCUUUCAGUAGCUCUGUCACUCGCUUUUCCUCCUCAGCAGCAUCUCCUGGCCCAUGUCCUUUUGCCGAGAUGAGAAUUAAACGAUAAUGCUUUUGUGAUGUAUGUGUCAGUUAUUAGUUAUAGCAUAUGUGAUUGAGGCUCAUAGCAUUUUCAAAGAGAUUUAAACAGUGUUUAUUAUUAACAGAAUAAUGUGGUUAUUUUUACUUACAAAUGAUAAAAUAAUGGCGGAUUAUCUUUUGACCAGAGUAUCUCUUCAGUUUUGUUCCAGAAGUGAUACUAACUUGAGCGAAAUAAAGGCUGAAGCCAAGGCAAACGAGACAGAUGCAAAUGUUUGUGUCC